AUGCCUGGAGGAGAUAUGGGUUCUGCUGGUCCCAUGUCUCAUGUUGAUAACAAGAAUCCAUGGGAGAAUAUAAAGCUCCCGAUGGGAGAAACUUACUAUUACAACAGUGUCACAAAAAAGUCCAGCUGGGAAAAGCCAGAUGAGCUGAAGACACCAACAGAGAAGUUACUCUCAGCAUGUCCCUGGAAAGAGUACAAAUCUGAUUCCGGCAAGGUAUACUAUCAUAACUCACAGACCAAAGAAAGCUGCUGGACAAAGCCAAAGGAGCUGGAGGAACUGGAGGAGAAAAUUCGAGCCCAGGAAUCUCAGACCACGACAGAAGAAGGUUCAGCAGCUGUCUCCUCUGUUCCUGCCGUUCAGUCUUCUGCACCAUCCUCAGCCAUUCAGCAGGCCAUGCAGGCAACCCUAGCAUCAAUUGCACUCCCUCCACCACCCUCUGCUGUCCAGAAGCCUGCCUUACCUGCUGGCCUGCCUCCAGCUACCGUUGUUAACAGUGCUCCAGUUGCUUCUGCGAAGGCCCAGGCAUCAAGCAGCGAUGAGAGUGAAAAUGAAACACCAGCACCAAAAAAAGAAUUUGUGUUCCGAAACAAGAAAGAAGCCAUAGAAGCUUUCAAGGCUUUGCUGAAGGAAAAGGAUGUGCCAUCCAAUGCAUCAUGGGAAAGUGCAAUGAAGCUGAUAAUUAAUGAUGGUCGUUAUGGAGCAUUGAAGCACUUGAAUGAAAAGAAGCAGGCAUUCAAUGAAUAUAAGACCCAAAGAGCAAAGGAAGAGAAGGAAGAGCAGAGGAUACGAGCCAAGCAAGCUAAAGAAGAUCUGGAACAGUUUCUGCUGAAUAGUGAUAAAAUGAAUUCCACCAUAAAAUACUGGAAAGCUGACAAUAUGUUUGGUGAUCAGGAUAUUUGGAAAAAUGUCAGCGAUAGAGAUCGGCGAGAUCUGUUUGAUGAUGUGGUUCAUCUUUUGGCAAAGCGAGAGAAGGAAGAGGCAAAGGCUCUGCGCAAAAGAAACAUCAAGGUGUUUUCAGAGAUUUUAGACACCAUGCCUAACCUGAAAUAUUCCACCACCUGGUCAGAGGCUCAGCAAAUGCUUUUGGAUAACCCACGCUUCACAGAGGAUCCAGACUUGGAAAACAUGGACAAGGAAGAUGCUCUUAUUUGCUUUGAGGAGCAUAUCCGCAUGCUAGAGCAAGAGAACGAUGAUGAGAAAGAGCGUGAGAAGAGGCGACAGAAACGGACACAGCGCAAAAACAGAGAGAGCUUUCUGGUACUACUUGAUGAGCUUCAUGAGCAAGGCAAGCUGAAUUCUAUGUCACUGUGGAUGGACCUGUAUCCAACAAUCUCACAGGACAUACGCUUUACUCACAUGCUAGGCCAGCCAGGCUCUACCCCUCUUGACCUUUUCAAGUUUUAUGUGGAGGAACUAAAAGCACGAUUCCAUGAUGAAAAAAAAAUUGUAAAAGAAAUUCUUAAGGAAAGAUCUUUUUUUAUUGAAGUGUCAACAACCUAUGAAGAUUUCAGUGCUGUCAUUAUGAGUGACAAACGAGCCACAAAUUUAGACUCGGGGAACAUCAAACUCACAUACAACAGUUUGAUUGAAAAAGCAGAAGCUCGUGAAAAGGAGAGGCUGAAAGAAGAAGCAAGGAAGCUAAAGAAGAUGGAAAAUAACUUCAAAGCAGCUCUCAGCAAACAUGAUCGACAUGACUCAAAGUGGGAGGAGGUAAAGGAAUACUUUCAUGAUAAGGGAUCCUGCUUGGAAGCCAUCACACUUGAAUCUGAGCGCAUUCGCCUUUUUAAAGAGUACAUCAUUGCAUUGGAGGAAGCAUGUGCCCACCAUCACUCACGUCGCAAAAUCCAAAAACAUAAAAAUCGUCGCUCUCGUUCUAGAACACCUUCAAGUGAGUCAGAAGAGGAGAACAUGCGAUACAGCAAAAAGAAGAAGAAGAAAGCACGUUCUGAAUCCAGAUCUCCAAGUCCAGCCCACUCAGAUUCAGAUGACCAAGACAUGGACAGAUCUUCUAAAAAGCAUAAAAAGAAGUCUAAAAAGAAGAAGAGAGUUUCUAGAUCUCCUUCAAGAUCUGAUGUGUCAGAGCCUGAGCCAGAAAGGGAGAGUUUUAAUAGGUCCAGAAGAAGGCACUCACGUUCACCAGACAUAAAAAAAGAAAAAGGUGAUUUGGAUUCUUCUGAAAGUGAUGUGAGUGAAGGAGAGCUAGAAAAACGGAGACGGCACCUUCUACAGCAGUUAGAAGCUGAUGGCUAGACAUAAGUGAUUUAGAGGAAUUGGACAGGAACAAGGGAGUGUACAUGGAUAGUUGUUAAUGAUUAAAUGCCUAGACUCAACCAUGUACUUAGUGUACCUGCCUGCUUGUUGAGGAAUUGGAAGACAUUCUCUACAUCACAAAAAUGACAAAUCUGGCAAAAAGCCAUCCCAUAUGUUAGGGAAUGAAUCCUCAUGGAAGAAAAUUGUUACAAAGCACGUUGCAUGUUAAUUUCUUCUUUUUGUCAUUUAUAUCAAAGUAAGACAGAAGAAAGCAUGUCUGUGGUAUGCCCAUCUGAUGAAAAUAUAUGGCAGCAUAAAUAUGAAAUAUACAUCGCCAUCUUCUGGGAUAUAAGAGGUGUGGUAAUUGUAGAUAUGGGUAAAAAUGUGGCAACAUGAAUAAUAUACCAAAAAAAGUUACUUGAGCAUAUAAGAAAUGUGAGUCCACUCAAUUUCAUUUUUUAAGGGCCGGGUGAGAUAUGUUGCUGUUCUUGUUGCACACAAGCUUAACUUUUGCCAGGUGAAUAUGGGUGUUCCAUCAACGCAUGCCGAUUCCAGGUACCCCAAAAAAUCUUAUGACAGAAUAUGUCAUUUACUUUCUAGUGUUUCCUUGCUGUAAGGUUUUGUUACAAUUCAUUUUAUACUGCAAAUUAAAAAUGUUUUUUUUUUUUAUCU